AUGAUCUUGCGGAGUAUAUUGCUUUUGCUAUGGAUCAAUUGGGUUGUGGCAGAAUGGAAACCUCGCGUGAAAGCUGUGAAGGCUUCACAAUUUUCGAUGUUCGAAUCGUUUGACGACUCUGAAGUUAUGUUGGCCAUUCAAAAAGACUCUCUUCAGAUUUCCAAAAAUAGUGGAGAAAACUGGGACAAGGUUAAGUCUCUUCAAGGCAACAUCAAGUACUUCGAAAUUGACUAUAAUUUCCCCGGAAAUCGGGCUUUUGCCUAUGACUUUAAAAAAGGUCUGAUUUUCGAGACUACGGACAAAGGAGAGAACUGGUCUCAAAUGAACUUGCCCUUGAAAGACUCAAUGACUAAGUCAUCUGAGAUAGUUUCACUCACUGUGACUUCCAACCCCCUUGACGAAAAGGAUUUAUUGGCGAAUGUGGACGUGUGCUCAGAAUCCGAGGGCGUAUUUCAUUGCACUAGACAUACCUACCUAUCGAAUAAUGCAAAGGACUUCCGUCCCCUCGAAAUGCCAGGUGAUGACCACCUGACACCCGACUGUCGUUUCUUGGGCCUUCAGUUCAAUGAAAAAGGGAAAAACAACAUCAUUUGCGAAGCCAGGCACGGUGGGCCAGGGUUUGAACCCCCCCAUUUACCUCCCAAAGUGAGCUUAUAUCUUUCUGAUGACGGUGGAAAAUCGUUCCAAUAUCUCGAACAGUUCAAGGAUUAUAAUGUUCGCUAUCUGAUUCUUACCAGCGAAUACGCAGUUGUUGCAACCGCUGAAGAUAAAUUCAAUGAGCAAUCCGUGGAGCAACUUUGGAUAUCACAAGAUGGCCAAACCUACGAAAAGGCGGUAUUGCCCACAAAUGUGAGGGGUCCGUAUUUUAUCUCAGAACUUUCAGCGUCUUCGAAGAAGCUGUUAUUGCAAGAUUUGCAUCAAAAUGGUCAAAAAGGAACUGGCCUCAUGCUCUCUGGUUCUGAUGGACUUAGAUUUGCUCCCGUUUCGUCAUUUGGAUCUGAUGAGCCUGGAUAUUACAUGGUUUCCAGCUUAGCCGGGUUAGAGGGUGUAUCAAUUUGUUCUUUUGAUGGGAUCUCUCCAAGUUCACCCCAGCUCAUUUCCAAAAUUUCGUUCGAUGAUGGCAAAACUUGGUCUAGGUUGCGUUUAGAUGACCCUUCCGGUGAAUUUUCAUGCGAUCCCCAAAAAUCUGAAGCAUGCUCAAUCAAUAGUUUUUUUCUGUCGACGUCAAUGUUAGAUGGCAAUGAACCGGCUACUCCAGGUGUUUCAUUUAUAGUCGGAUUUGUUGGCGACCUCAUGGCUGAAGGUGAGGAGAGACCAAAGUUGCAGACCUUUGCUACUAGAGAUGGCGGUCAGAGUUGGCGAAAAAUUUUGGAUUUCCCGGCAGCUGUACAAUACGGUGAUCAUGGAAAUAUUAUGGUAGCGUUUCCCUAUUCUCCUGAAUCUGACGGUGAUGAAGCCAUGGAAUUUUACUACUCGUUAGAUCAAGGAGGUACUUGGACAGAGUAUCAGUUGGACCAAUCUGUAGUUCUCGUUGCCUUUGCUUCAACCACACGAGAUGGCUCAGGAUCGAAAUUUUUGAUGCGUGGUGGUGACAUGUCUUCAAGGGGUCAUUCCUGGCUCUAUUCGAUUGAUUUCUCGGACGCUUUUGAGGGGCAGAAAUGUUUAGAGGAUGACAUGGAGGAAUGGUAUGCAAAUUCCGGUGGAUGCAUCCGAGGCGCCCAGCACAAGUAUCAGAGACGAAAGGCAGACGCUAAGUGUCUGAUCAACGAACCAUACAAGGAUCUUGAUCCCGAGCUGGAAAUUUGCAAAUGCACGGACUUAGACUACGAGUGUACACCGGAGUUUUAUCGUGCAGACGAUGGAACCUGUCAACUUGAUUUUAGGCUUCUUGAAUCGACGGGAAGCUGUAAGGCAGCUGAGAAAGGUGAGCAAUUGACCCUGCCAACCGUGCAACUUGAAAGGGGAAAUAUUUGUAACGAUCAUCUGGAAAUCCCAACUACUAGCGUUGAUUGUACUGGCAUGAGUGGCGAUGACAACAAGGACGCGAUUCGUGUCUUUGAGAACACCUUCGAUUUUGAGCUGAAGUCCUAUCAAUAUUUCAAUACCAAAGAAGAUGAAACCGUUUUGUUCACAAACGGUAAAAAAGAAGUUUAUUUGUCAUACGAUAGCGGCAUCUCACUAAAGAGACUGGCUGAGAAAGUGACUGAGGUUGUUUUCAACCCUUACUUCAACACCAGCGCGUAUGUUUUCGGAUCAGAUAAUAAACUUCACAUCACAAAUGAUCGAGCCAGAUCUUUCGAAACAGUGGAUUUACCAGAAGCAAAGCAGCUUGGGUUUCCACUUUCUUUCCAUGCCACGGAUGCUGACACAUUUAUUUUCUACGGCGGUAAGAACUGUGACAGCUUUUUGAAUCCUAAUUGUCAUGCCGUUGCCUAUAUCACCAGAGAUGGUGGAAAUACAUUCAAAGAGUUGAAACAGGGUGCUUUGAGCUGCGAUUUUGUUGGAUCUAUGUACGAACAUCCUUGGGAUCCUGAGAUGAUUCUUUGCCUCGUUAAAGAGAAGGGAAGUAGAAGCCGCUCAAUAGUGACCAGCACAGACUAUUUUCAAGAAGAAGAGAUUGUGGUUUUUGAAAAUGUGAUUGGCUAUGUUUCUGUCGGCGAGUAUACAGUUUUUGCGGUCCCUCAUGAGAACCAGGAGCUCAGAUCGUUUGCGACCAUUGAUGGUCAUGAGUUUGCCGAAGCAAAAUUUCCAGCAGAUUUGAACACUAAGAAACAGGAAGCUUACACAGUGCUUGGUUCACAAGAAGGUGCCAUAUUUUUCCAUCUAACAACCCAUACAACCAGCGGCCAAGAAUUCGGGGCUUUGAUGAAGUCAAACUCUAAUGGAACGUCAUUUGUUACACUGGAGCGCGCGGUGAAUCGCGGUUCCUCAGGAUAUGUCGAUUUCGAGAAACUUGAGGGGCUAGAGGGAAUAUUGGUGAUAAACGUCGUUUCCAAUGCGGAAGAUUUGAGGGCAGGCACUGAUAGCGAAAAGAAGUUAAAGUCCAAGAUAUCCUUUAACGAUGGUUCGGAUUGGUCGUACCUCCAGCCACCGGAGCGUGAUUCCGAAGGUAAAAGUUACAGCUGUAAUGCUAAGAACAAAGAAAAAUGUUCACUCAAUCUCCACGGAUACACUGAACGUAAAGAUCAGCGAGACACUUACUCUUCAGGCUCUGCCUUGGGUUAUUUGAUUGGGGUGGGGAAUGUGGGGGAAAAUCUGUUGCCUGUCGACCAGUGCUCGACAUUCAUGAGCGUUGACGGUGGCUUUACAUGGAAAGAAAUUAAAAAGGGAGCUUAUCAGUGGGAAUACGGUGAUCGAGGGAGUGUCAUCGUGCUUGUUAAAGAUGGAACCAAGACCGACUCAUUCACCUAUUCUAUAGAUUCCGGAAAAACGUGGAAGGAUUAUAAGUUUUCUAACGAAGAGGUUAUGGUAGAAGAUAUCAUUACCACGCCACAGGACUCUGCAAUGCGGUUUUUGGUCAUCGGAAGCUCGAUUAAAGUUAGCGGUAAACAAACAAAAACUUUUGCGGUGGACUUUACCCAAUCUUUCAAACGCCAAUGCAACCUGAAUAGUGAUGACUACAUUUAUCACAGUUUUGGGAACUGUCUUUUUGGGCAUCAAGCUGAAUAUCUGGUAAAGGUUAAUGAUGAAUGCUACAAUGGUGCCGCUCCACUGGAGGAUGCAGAGAAGAUUGUCAGGAACUGUCCUUGCAUCAGGACUGACUACGAAUGUGACUACAACUACUAUAAAGCUAGUGACGGAACUUGCAAACUUGUUGAAGGAACUACACCUUUAACUGGAAGUGACCAGUGCGAGAAGAACGCCGGCUUAGUCGAGUACUUCGAGUCAACGGGGUACAGGAAGAUACCGUUAUCUACAUGCGAGGGCGGCUUGCUAUUAGAUAAGGGUACCCGUCCCCGCCCAUGCCCUGGUUAUGAAGAGGAAUUUCAAAAGCGACACGGCUUCAGUAGAAAGAGGUUAGCCGUAGUCAUUGCUAUUCCGCUCCUAAUAUUUAUCGGCGCAACAUGGUUUGUGUACGACCGUGGAGUUAGGAGAAACGGUGGUUUCUCCCGAUUUGGAGAGAUAAGGUUAGGUGAUGAAGAGCUGAUAGAGGAAAAUAGAAUCGAUCAGCUGGUCAACUCGAUCGUGAAAUUCGGAGUUAUGGGCUUUUCAGGACUUGUUACGGCCAGACAGCUCACAAAACGCGGCAUUCAAAACGCCUGGCAUGGUGUACAAACGAAGUUUUCAGGCCGUCAUUCGGGUCCCACCUACUCCUCUCUCAACCAUGACCAGUUUUUAGAUGAAGCCGAUGAACUAUUAGCUGGCCAUGACGAAGAUGCCAAUGAUUUGGCAAGUUUUCUCGAAAACGAAGACAACUUUGACAUAUCUGCCGAAGAGGACCUAGACAACGGGGUACAAGGGCCAUACUCUGAUCAUGUUGACGAACUUCAGGAUCAACAUGAGAAUCAUGAAGGAGAAGCCGACGAAUGA